GCAUGGCGUCUGCCGCCCGUCGUCCCACGGUGCUCCUGCAGAUCGCUCUCUUCGUCGUCAUCGCGGCGGUCAUCAUCAACAGCUCCGUCUGCCUUGGGGCCGUUGUAGUAGGUCCUGGUGCUCUCGACCCUAACCGCCCCGCUUUCCCGUCGCCGGGUGGUGGUGGUAAACCCUACACCGGCGGCGGCCGUGGGUGCCGCACAAUUUAUGGAUGUGGUGAUGUGCCACCGGCAGGUGGCCAACCCUGAUUACACCCGUGCGCAGACCCCAUCUCCCAAAACAAAUGCAAGGAUCGAUCGACGUAACUGGGAAACAGCGGCCUAGAUGCAUACACUAUCUGCAUGCAUGCCUCCUCCUACUUAUCAGCACGAGUUACUCUAC